CUGCCCGCAAUUCACCCACGCAAACUUUGGCUAGGCAGAGGUACAGAAGGCGAGAGCGACAGAGAGAGACAGUGAGAUCAUAAGCAAAGAAGAGCGGACCCGGUUGAGCGACAGACUGGGGGCCAGAUUGAACAAAGCUGCCUGAAGUUGGCAGUGAUGAGCAACCAGUUUGAUCCUUUUCAUGGUUAUUCGGGCAAUCCUUCUCAAGGGCCACCUCCCAACAAUGGUCCACCGGGUGGUUAUGGUCCUCCGCCGUCUCAGCAGAGAGGCAUGAUGCCGCCUAAUAACCAAUUCGUCCCUCAAGGCGGUCCUGGUGCUAUGCUAGCCGGCCUGAACCCGCAACAAUUGGCUGAGCUCUUCAAUGCUUUCCAGCAACAGCAAGGAGGCAACAAUGGAUACAUGAAUCCUGGCUUUGCUCCUCCUCCCUCUCAUCAGGGAGGCUACAUGAAUCAGUCGAUCGGGAUGCCUGGCGGUCCAGCUCAUUCACCCGGUCAGAUGCCUUAUGGUGCUCCGCAGCAUCAGAUGCCAUUCAAUUCCGGUUAUGGCGGUCCACGUGAGCCUGAGCCUUAUCGAAGAGGAGACCCAAUGGGUCCUCAGCCUGGCUAUGGAGCCCGAGGUGGUCGAAAUGAAGCGUCGAUGGGCCCGGGCCCAGUCAGAAAUGUUCGCGGAGGUCCUGGACUCGGACCGUCUGGCCCUUCUGGCCCCUACGAUAGACGAAGAUCGCUUUCACCUCCCCGCCGAGGCUAUGGUCCCGGUACAGAUUUUGGCCCGCCACCUACAAGAGAUCGCCGAGAAGGAGCUGCGCCUGCCAUGUCGCCCAAUGAUCCCAGGAACCGAGAAAGACCCGGCCGAACGCUCUUUGUUCGCUCAGUCAAGUAUGAUACCAAGCCUCAGGACAUCCGCGAUAUGUUCGAGAGAUUCGGAGAGAUCAGAUCGUUCUACGACAUCAUCGGCAAGAGAGGCAUGGCAUUCGUUUCAUACUACGAUCUCAGAGCUGCCCAGAUGGCCAAAGAACGAUUGCAAGGUACCCAACUACAAGGCAGACCUAUCGACGUUCACUUUGGCGUGCCUCGCGACGAAGAUCGCAAGAAAGCUUGUCAGCGCGAUGACAACCAGGGCACGCUCUUCCUCACCGUCACGGGCGCCCAACAACCUAUCGACGAUGCCGCUCUCGGCCAGAUGUUCGGACAAUUUGGUGACCUUCGAGACAUCCUGCCCAGUGGCGCCAAUCCUCAUCAACGCUUCAUCGAGUAUUUUGAUGCCAGAGGCGCCGAAACCGCAUUCGACAAGCUCAAAGACACACCAUUCCUCGGUGGCACGCUCGAUCUGAAGUAUGCAUGGGACUACAGUGCACCUGCGCCGCCUUCAAGAAUGCCAGAGACCCAAAUGGGCGCUCCUCGCCCGAACGCACCUCUCCGACCUGGCGAGCACAACGGCUAUAACAGUCCGCAUCAGCAGGGCGCGCCCAUGCCUAGUAUGAAUGGCCGACUCGAGCAGGCUCAUAAAGUUCAGGAGCUUCUCGCGUCGCUUGCGCCAGGCGGUGCCAAUGGCUUACCAGCUGGCAUGCCUGCUCCACCACAACAGUCGGCUUAUCAGAGCGGUCCUCCGCCUAUGUCAUCGCCAGUAGCGCCCGCGCCCGCACCUGCGCCUGCGCCGGCAGCGGCAGUGCCUGCACCGGCCGCGAUCCCACCUGCACUGCAGGCUUUGCUCGACAAGGCUAACGGCAGUCUGAACAAGACAGCGACGCCUUCCAUCACGCAAGCUACUAAGCCGCCAGCGAGCACCGCAACACCUGACGUCAACGCACUGCUGGCUAUGCUCGCAAAGCGCAAUUAGCUCAGCUCCGACACGCCUGUACUCUCUAUUGUAAUCUGGUGUGACAUUCAUGCAUGGCCAUACAAUGACAGAUGAGGACAUCUAGGUCCGAGGGUAUCUAAUCGGAUUAGUGGAUCUGCGAAGGUUGCGAAGGCGUCGUCUAGACGCCCAGAUUCAGCUUGUCUAACAUAUGCUGAUAG